CUCGAAAACAUCGAACGAGUGUUCAGUCUCAAAACAACACUUCCCGAGGCGGACGCAAAAACUGCGACCUGCCCGUCCGAAAGGCGUCUUUAGAUUCGCAUCUUAGUAGCAGCAAGCAAGCAGGCAAACACCCCCCAAUUUAGCAAGCAGAAGCACAUCUCGGGGCCACACAUCGGAACAGUCUGCCACUGUUCCGAAACACAAGUAGCUCGCGGUAGUGCGGUUUCAGUGAGCCAGUGCGCCAGUUGCAUCGGCCCCCGGCACCGAACGGAACGGCAAUCAUAUUUUUGCAAAACAUUUUCUACACACGCACCAUCGCGUCCUUGCUGCAAGGUUCCGUUCCCGUUAAACUUCCGCCAAGUUCCAAGCGCGUGCGAUAAAGUUUCACUGUGUGCUGUGUCGCCUGGGAGGUGUUUUCCUUUUGCGUGCGGUGGGCCUUGUGGUGUGUUGGGGUUUUUUUUUCGGAGGUUUGCAGUUUUUUUGUUUGGGUUGGCACACCAUCUGCAUCAAUAAAUCUUCUCGCGUUCUGCACCGAUUUAUAAGACGAUUGACUGUUGGGUGCAUUCUUUAGUCGCUGCGAUUCAACCAAACGAGUGAGACUGUUGGUAGCAAUAAAGGGUUAUAAAAAAAAACUGACAAUUUUUUUUCUAAAAACUAAAAAACUUGUUUAAUGUGAAAGUGUUAAAUUGCUUUAAUUUUGUCCUUCUUUUUUUAAUCUAAUAGUAACGUAAUUUUUCAAACAAGAAACGAACGUACUGUGUGGUUCAAUGCAUUGCAAGUGAUCAAAAGAAGAAGAAAAGCAGUUUCAGUUAUUUGUUUGUGUGUAUAUGUGUAUGUGUGUGUAUGUGCAUUUGUUCCUGUGUCAUUACGUGGAGUAAAGCGCUACAAAAAAAAAAAAAACAAACCAAUACAACAAUCGUGCACACAGUAAAAUUUUAACAAAUUGACGCCUUGCGAGUGAGUUUAAACACAGAUGCAUAAAAAAUGAAAACAACGCAACUCCGGUGCCCGAGUGUAUGUAACGCGUCCAGAGCAAAAGAUUAGUGCGUAGCCGGUAAAGCCGACCCGCUCGACACAGUUCUCCUGAUCCACGCGAGGAGCAGGUGCAAAUUGCAAAAGAAACGAAAGUGCACAAAAAGAGGGUGAAGAAAGCAGGAAAAGUGCCAGUGUUUUGUGCGUUUUGUGUGCGUGUGAGUGUGUGUUGUAUAUCCCACUAUCCAUCCCUCCGAUGGGUCACGGGCUGCGUGAAAUGUGCGAAAGUAAAGGCUAGCAAGUACAUCGCCGUCUUCUUAGUAGUGUGCAUUAGCGCGUUUUGAAGUACAAAACGUGCGUAGCCAAUUAAUUAUUUUUGCAUUAAUUUUGAUUGUUGGUUUGUUUGCUUGGAGGAGUUUUCUAUCUAAAAGAAGCUAUAGAAAGAGUUCAGUAAAGGGUGAGCGGAAGGAAAUCCGCUCGGUUCCUUCCCCUACAGUGUAGGGAAGUGUGUGGUGCCGUGGUUUUUCAAUUCUCCGCGGGGGCAGCAGUGAUGAUACCCCAACACAAUCAGGUGAUCAACGCGUUGUCACAGCACGGCAGCGAGAUGGAUACGGUGGUGGUGCAACAGCAACAGCAGCAGCAGCUGCAGCAGCAGUACGGCAACAACGCCUCGCCGCCCGUGUUCGGCUCCCAGAUGGUGGAUAAGAACUCCAGCACGCCCUACACCGAUGCAACGCAGACGAAAAAACACAGCCCCGGACACAUCAAGCGGCCGAUGAAUCCGUUCAUGGUGUGGAGCCAGAUCGAGCGGCGCAAGAUUUGCGAGGUGACGCCGGACAUGCACAACGCGGUCAUCUCCAAGAACCUGGGCCAGCGCUGGAAGCAGCUGAGCCCGGAGGAGCGCCAACCGUUCAUCGAGGAGGCGGAGCGCUUGCGCAAGCUGCACACGCAGGAGUACCCCAACUACAAGUACCGUCCAAAGAAGAAGCAGAUCAAGGGUAGUGGUAGUGGUGGCGCAGGUCCGGCAAGCUCCCCCAAGAACGGUUCGUCGUCGUCCUCCUCCUCCUCCUCCUCCACUGGUGCUGGUUCGCCCGCCCUGUCCACGUCCUCCUCGACCGGUUCUCCCGACUCGGUAUCGUCCCGGGACAGCUGCGGUUCGUCCAGUAGUUCCUCCUCGUCGUCCUCGUCGUCGUCGUCCGCCAAAUCUCCGGCUGCGCCGACCGGCAAGCGCAGCCGGACCGCGAGCGGGAAGGUGUCCAAGGGGGGCGCUAGCGGUGGCUCGCUCAAGGGCAAGAAGCAGCUCAUCCUCGACGAGCUGGGCCAGCCGACGAUGGCGGCGGUCGCGACGGCCGCCACCAUGCCGCCCCUAGCGGCGCAGCCCGACUGUUACUCGCUGGCCGCAACCAAGCUGCUGCCGAACUCACCGGAGAGUGCCACGUUGUACGACGAGCGGUCGCUGAUCUCGCCCGAGCCCACGUUUGGCUCGUUCACGGAAGGCACGCCCCUGUUCAUCCGCACGCCCGACCACAGCGUGUUCGCGGUGGACGAAAGCAGCCACUUUGAGCACGAGGCCAAGGGCUUCCGCUACGCGCACGGCGCUACGCCCGAUCUCACCGGGGGAGACAGUGUGGGGAGCCCGCUAGGCCACACCAACCACACCACCUGCUCGACCGCCUCCGCCACCAAUACCACCUCCAGCAGUCCGGCGACCACGGUCACGGUGCAUCACGGUGCGCACGUGCCGUCCUGCAACAGUCCCCUUCCGCAACAGCACCACAAUCAACACCAGCAACACAAUCAGCAGCAACACAACAACAACAACAACAACAACAACAGUCUUCAGAUCAACAACAAUCACCUCCAGCAGCAAACGACGCCGUCCGCCAAGUCCGUCUACGCCGACAGCGACGGUGACUGCAUAAAGACGGAGAAGUACUACGAUGACGAUGAGUGUCAGAGUGACCACUUUGGCAGCAUGCUGGAUCUGGAGCCCGGUGUGUGUUUCAGCGACAUUGAGCCCUUCAACGGGCAUUUCACGCUGGCUGAGCCGCAGCACCAGCAGCACCAACAGCAGCAGCAGCACCCACAGCAGCAACAGCAACAGCAGCAGCAGCAGCAGCCACAACAGCAGCAGCAAUCACAACAGUCACACCACCUCAACCAGCAACAGCAGCAGCGGGGCGCACUAGCGAGCUUUAACGAAAUCACCAACGGACAGCAGUGCCACCAGCCAUUGCAGCAGCAGUUGCUGCAACCGUUCCAGUACUCCGAGGCAAACCAGCCCCUGAUUGCCAACAGCCUUCACCAGCAGCAGCAGCACCAGCAACAGCAGCAGCAGCAGCAGCAACAGCACCAGCAGUUCCAGCAGCAUCUGCGCCAGUACACGUGCCAGCAGCUAGCGGUGGAGAAUAUGGGCAGCUUGUCGCUGAUAGCCGAGACGUCCAUUGUGCCCAACUGUCAACCGUCGCCGUCGGUCGACGGGUUCGGUACGCUCGUGGCACUCGACAGCCACAUCAUCGACAGCAUGAGCCAGUCGGACGAUCAGAACCUGCUGGACGGUAUUCUGGACGUGUGCGCCGCCCAGAUGGACUACACGUUCGAGGGCAUGGAAACGGCCUCCUCGUCCAGCGGCUCCCAUCUAGAGUUCAUCGCCGAGGGCAACAGUAUUUUCCUGUCCGAGCAAAACCUCAGCUUCAACGUGUAAAAGCAGCGGCGUCUAUGGUGAACUGGUGAGCGAAAUAUCCUCCAAAAAAAAAAAAAAAACAAAAAACAAAAGAACCUUUCCUCACUACUCAUACACACAUCUAUACAAAUCAAAACUUUUCCCCCACACACCAACAAACAUACACAUAAAUAUAUAAACCAACACACGGGUGCAUAGUAGAGAAAGGGAUUUGAGCCUUCGUAGUCUUGGAAUUUAUUAUCCACAAAGAAGGGGAAAAGUAAAAACAGAUGCAAAGUAGACACUUUGUUAUCAUUUAUCACAACAAACAAAAUGAGAAAGCGAGAGAGAGACAGAGAGAGAGAGAGAGAGAAGAGGAAAAAGAGACAGAGAGAGUAAGGUAAAAGAGCAGACAAAGAAAAAAGGAAGCGUAAGAAGGGAAAAAAUAAGUGCUUUAUCAGAUGAGGUGCAUGAUUGUAAAGAAAGUGCGUGAGUGCGAGAGAGCAAGUGAGAAAGAGUGCGUGAGUGUGUGUAAGUUUGUGUGUGUAAGCGUACAGUAACAGAAUGAUCUAGAACCUUAAGGAAAACUUAAAAUAUAGCCAGAAAAUGCGCGUUAGUGCGCGUGUUUGUCAAGUAUGCAAUAUAACAAAACCAUAAAGCAAAACAACACUAAGUAAGAAAACAAGCAAAGAGUUCAGAAAAUUGAAUCGAGAAAGAAAGAAAGUCCAUCGGAUUGCAAAUCGCUAAAGAUACAAAUGAAACAAAAUGGAAAUAAAACGAAACCGUAAACAAAACACACAAACCGAGCGACUCAGAGCUUACAGAAAAAUAGGAAAAGAAAACCACAUACAAACACAGCGACACUCACAGAAAGAAAAGUGAUCGGAGAACGUUUGACGUUAAGAGAGUACGAUGCAUAGCUGGUUGAAGAAAAAAAAAAAGGAUGCUAACAUAAGUGGUGAGUUUGUGGGUGAGGUGCGGACGUGCUUUUCAAAUGGUAACUCUGGGCAGCAAUCUUGCGCUUGUGUUCCUGUUUGCGAUCAAAUUAUUCGAUAUGGAGUGCCGAUUUUGAGCGGAACAAAUUCCACGCAGCCGAUGGCGAAGUGGGGCAUCAAUGUGGAUCGGUACGGGUUUGGAAAAGGGAUGGAAUUUUGGGGUUCGCAGCGUCGCGUACAGUUUUGUAAUUAAAAAUAGCUCACGUACUUGCUGGUAGCCGAACUGAAGAAAAAAGUGGCGUUGUGAUUAAAAUUGUACUGCUGAAUGGAAUAUAGGACGGCAGCGGGUGAGCAAUUUGGCUGUCUUAUCCUCCGGGUUUCCGAGUGGAAUCCAAAUGAUUGGAAUCGCUGUCCAAGGUGUUCUAAUAGAGUGAGAUUUAUUUGUAAAUAGCUCAUCGUUAGGGUCGCUGUGUGUAUGUUUUAUUGCCGGUUUGGACCUCACGCCACGGGUUUGGAAAAUUCCAUUCCACAGCAAUUGAAAAAUACAAACUGGUUUACGGUAAAGCAGCGUGUAGCGAAGAUGCAUCCUGCCGGUCCGGUAUGGAAUUUAGCAAAAAUGACUAUUGUGAUGGAGCAAACAACUUCCCCACAGUACUUACUCGCUCCUUCGGGGGGAACCUACUGACAGGGAACUGCACAGAAUUCCCUGAUAAAGGUGGAACAAUUUGAUUAAUGUAAUACCCAGCUUCCAGUCCCGGAAGGCGCAGCCACGAGGCUGGUGUAAAAGAGGUGUUUUAUUAAAUUUCUUUCACGCUCCUGCAAACAAGCAGCGUACCGUGAAGCAUCGGCUAAUGGAAAAAAAAACACGCGGCAUGCCUGCCUGCUAUCCUGCCUGGCCCGAUAGUGGCUGGCUGGCUGGGCUAAGCAGCAAUACGGGUACAUUAUCCUAUUUUCGUCCAAUUUCUACAAUUUCUUUCCAACUUACGGUGAAAGAAGCGGUUUGCGAAAGGCGAAGAAGGAGGUUGGAUAAAAAUUUCAGAUUCCACUGCGAAUCGCUUGAAUCGGUUUUACCCCAACCGUUUGUUAGUUCGCCAGUCCCGUGCUCUUCGACCCAGUUUCUCCCGGUUCGCCAUAUAGCCCUUUCACGGAAUAAUCGAAAUUCAGCCACCAAAACGCACCAAAUCAGGAUAUGCACGGAACCCCCCGGGGCACUUUCGGACGAACGGAGAUAUUGAAAAACUGCCCGAAGGAUCGGCGGGCAUUGGGUUUAUUAUUCCUCUGUGCCCUGGGAGCCAGUGGGUCCUGGUUAUAUGGGGUUUUUUGCCUUUCAUUUUGGGUUUGGCACACACACACACACAAAAGAAAA